GAACUCGGCAGUCGCCAGUCGAGUCAGUUCCAUUCGUUGUUUCGGUUAUUGCAGACACGCGGGCGGGUUUGUGAAGCACACGUUCCUCAAACGCACAUACAGAGCAACCAGCAUAAGCAGAAGAGUUUUUCCGUCGUCAUCGUUGUCGUCACCGUCGUCAGUCAGCCGAAUGUGUGUCAUCGACCCAGCACAGCAGCAGCUGCAACGGCAGGGUCCCAAAAAGUGGAUCUACCUUUAGGCGAUUUCGGAGAGUGCUAGAAUCCGCGCGGAAGUUACUUGGUACUGGUACACACGGAUCGGUUCGGGUCCGUUCAUUUUUCUUCUGUUCGCCGCCGCCGUCGGUCACUCGUCGGUUUCUCAUCGCGCCGCAGCCACACCGCCGUCGCCGUGUUCCAAGUUGGUUCCGAUGCAAUGGUAGCUCGGUUCCCGAUUUGUGUGAUUUAGUUUAGCCGAAGAUAUUUUACACACGUUUGGUUGGGAGUGCAGCCUGCAGUUGCUGGAAGAGCGCAGCGUUUUUUUCCAGUUCAGAGUCCAGUGCCUAGUAUAGUUCUGGAAAAGAAGUUCCAAUUCCGGCGGAGUGAGUCACCCCAGGUGCCGUGACAAAAUGCGUUUCGGAUUUUUUGCAUCAUCUUCGGCGGGCAACCGACUUUUGGAUUUGAAGUUUGAUCGUUAAGCGAAGGUCCCUCGCAGGCAGGUUGCAGCAAUUGCGGCGAAAAAGGAGAAAGAGAAAAUUUCUUUGUUGUUUCCCGGUUCAUUUCGCGUGCGUUUUUCGGUGUAGUUCCGUGCUUGUGGCCCCGUUUUUUGCUCUCUGUGCCAAGAGUAGUGCUUGAAAUCGAUACCGACCACCACCGCUCGACGGAGCUGCAGCAGCAAUCAAGUGGCGCUGAAGAAGCAAACAAAAGCAGUGUGUUGGCCAAGAGAGGGCGCUGGCACUUCACCUCGUCGCCUCCGCCCAGAUGUUCGACUGCCGUCGCCGCGUGUGUAGUGUGUGAUCAGUUUGGUGCGAUUUUUGUUUCGUUUUACCACUCCAAGUCCAAGUCCAGAGCCCUUGUUUUCCGUGUCGCCCGCCAACAAAUCUAGCUACCCAUAUAUAGCGAAGAGUUAAAACGCGUGUGUGAGAAGUGCGCCAAGAUGACGACAGUAGUGCUGCAGUAUCAUCAUCGUCGUUGUUGCCGCCGCUGCUGCUAAGGGAAACGGCAGCUCUCUGCUCUGUUCGAUUCGAUCCACAACGACCGCGCAACCCGACUUCCGUAAACACAGCGGCAGCCAUCGCGGAGCCGACCAACCAAGCCAGACCAGGACGGAACCUGUGAUUAGCGGCAGCCGUCGUCGUCGGUCUCCCCAUCAGUGUCCCAGUCCAGGAGACAAAGUCAGGAGGAACCCCCGCAACGCAACCGAAAAAAAAAAUCAACAUAACGACAUCGUCUGUCGGAGACAGAAGCGCUGCUUUCAAAAUCUCCUCAGGGGGGCUCACCUCCAGCCAAGGCCACUAACUUGAUUUGCAUUAUACUCUAUCAGCCAGCCAAAAGCCCCCGCUCAACGACCUCCACCAAUGGAUGAAGAACUCGAGAGCACACUAUGAGUAGUCGAGGGCCUUCGAGGCCCCACCCAGAAAGCGCAUCAGCAGCAGCAGCAGCAGUAGCAGCAGUGAAGCCCCGCAAGAUGGCAGCAACAGCAGUUGGAGGUUCGAUCAAGUGUAACGUCGGUGGUAGCGGUGGAGUGGUGGUAGCGGAUAGAGUGAUGGAGAGGCGAGGAAUGAGGAGCAAGGGAAAGAGAAGAAGAUCCCGGAGCGGGACCAUGAAGUCGACGUUCCGGGCUGUCGGGUCGUCGUCGGGUUUUAUGGUCAACUUUCAGUGUCUGCUGGCGGUGGCGAUCGUUGUGGUGACGGUUGCCAUCGGUGGUGGGGGUGGUGGCGGUGGAGGUGGAGGCGUUUCGGCGGAAGAAGCGGAACCGUUCGAACCAUCGACGGCCCGGGCGCUUCUGUUCGGUGACAAGUGCGACCAUUCCGAAGAGUGCACCUUCGUCGGAGGUUUCUGCGAACCGGAAGAGCACCUGUGCCGUUGCGAACCGGACCUGCCGGCUACCAACCGGGUCAACAAGUGUGGGAAACCGGCUUCGCUCAACGAGGAAUGCCUUUUCAACGAACAGUGCGAAAUGACAUACAGCCGCCUAGGAUGCAAGGAGGGCCGCUGUCACUGCUUGUUCGAGUGGGAACCCAUCCGCAUGACGAAUGGCUCGGUGGAAUGUAUCGAUCCUGCCGGCCGGGGCACGCUCAUGUUUGGUGAUAAAUGCGAAAGCACCACUGACUGUGGCUUUGCCGGGUCCGUUUGCGACUCCGGCACGCGCACAUGCCAGUGUACUUCCGAUUUACCAGCAACGAACCACCUCGACAAGUGUGGCAAAAAGGCCCAGGUGAACGAGAGCUGCUUCUUCACGGAGCAAUGCGAGCAGAUGACCGAGCAAACCGAGUGCCGCGACGGACGCUGCAUCUGCCGGUUCGAGAUGAAUCCCAUCUUCAAGCCGGACGGAACGGUCGAGUGUCGAGCCACCAUGAACAAACCCAUCGAGCCGGAAAAGUACAUCGAUCCGGCCAUGAUCGGCGUGCUGGUGGCGAUGGCCGUCAUGUUCAUCAUCAUCUGUGUCGUCCUGCGGCUGUUUAGCAAGGCCCGUUGGCGUGAGAACCGGACCAUCUUCAACACCCCCAAUCCCCGGCUGAUGAACGUGUCGCUCCUGAGGGACAACAAACUGCUGCACGGCCAGGAACGGCGAGGUUCGCGCAUGUCGGUGCGCCUUCCGUCACGGCAACCGAGCAUGGCAUCGCUCCGUCCGCAUUCGCCGAAUGCGUCGAUAGGUAAGCUAGGUUCCCGCCGGGGCUCCCGUGGCAGUAGCAACGCAUCGGCCACCUCGACCCGCUCGAAUCGAUCCCAGCACGCCAAGGACAACGGAACGGCCCAUCACCAUCAGAACGAAAGCGUCACCGUCGAGAUCUCCGAAGUUCGAUCCUAAGCGUGAGCUUCAUUACAUAACCUUAUAAACACCUAUGCGACGGACGGCCAUUGUCAGGGACCAUUUAACCGAAAAAUAGACACACAUACACACGCAAACGAAACAAAUACAAAGAUUCUAUAUAUGUGUAUUGCCGAUAGACGAGAGGAGUACGGGAACUGCAGUAAAAUGAGUUUCAUAGCAGUAAAAUGGAUUUUUUAGACAAAACUACUUCUAGGCAAGACCUUGUCCUUCGAUUGGAAGCGGCAAGGCAAACUAAAGUGAUCUUUUCUAUAGAAUAAAACUCAAUUCACGAGAACUUUAGGAGAACAGAAAAAAUAACCGUUGCUUACUCUCAACAAACUCGGAAACCGGAAGGAACAACCGCAAAAGCAAUUAUCUCUGAUCGUAGAAACUAUGAAAAUCCGCAUAGUGUAGAACAUUCGCUAGCCUUUAGCUGCUUCUUCUGUUAGAAGAGAGCGUGAACAUUCCAAAAUGAUGAAUAGAAAAGGCAUCUUCCAAAAGCCAUACGCAUACAACAUAGCUUUGUCGUCGUUCAGAAAAAAAAGCUUUCCCUUACGUUUACUACCUGAAUCAAAGUAAGAAACAAUAGGUAGGGUAAGCGGCAUUGGUUUCGAUUCGUUCAAAAUGGCGGAUCGAACGUCAAUGCCGUUGCCGAAGUAGGCGCCGACGGACGCGAAGAAUCAUCGCCAUAUCCCGUAGCAACGCGCAAAAAAAAAAGUGUUUUCACACACACACAUCAAUUCCAGUUCGAAUGCAUGAGCGAACGAAGGAGUGGUAGUACUAGAGCGAGGUAGUAGAGCUAAAAUGUAGAAGUAUCUAGUUAUGACAGUAGCAAAAGCAUAUGGAAACCAUGAAUUAUUAUGAGUUGAAACCUUUGAGUAUUUGAAUAUGGAGGGGAAUUUUCAGUAGCUGUCAGUUUACCAGAGAGAGUCAAUAAAAUCGUAGCGCCAUCUUAUGAUGGGAAGUACUAGAACAUCAAGAUGAAUUAUUAUUGCAUUUUCCAUAAUCGAUGUGACCGUAGCCGUAGGGAAAAACCACGGGUAGACGUUUAUUCCUUCGAAACGCCGUAGAGAUCAUCAGCGCUACUUUUUUGGGUAUGGUUUGUGUAGCAAACUGAGGGAAAUUGUUUAAAUGCGCAUAAUUAAAUGACAAUCUAACUGAGACGGAUGUAGCUGGAAGUGAGACGGAACGAAAACAAAGAAAUUUGUUCGAUUUAGACGUGGUAAUUGUAGCAGCAUCAGCCGUAGUAAGCUUUGACUUCUUAUCACUAGGCAGACUUGAAAACUUUGAAUAACAUAAUAAACAUAGACCGAUGAUACAAGUGACAGAUGUAGCCUGAGAUUGUAGUAGGCGGUACAGGCAAAAUGCCCAAAAGACGUUUUAAGUAAGACAGAUGUAAGUAGCACCAAAAUUUAACUUCAAUUCAUGCAACAAUUGAGCGAUACCAAUGUAGGAGACAAAAAGAAUAAAACUUAGAAAAACUAAAAAAGAUGAACUAACAAAAUAUGACUGCUUUAUACCUUAGUGUCAGAAUCAAAAUAAUAAACAAACGCGUAGAUUUGAUCUUAAGGAAAAUUUAAGCACUACAGUUUUACGAUUCAACACCCCUAGAAUAGCGAUUUUGAUAAACGAAAACAAACUGAAGUUUGAAGAAUGUUUAUGAUUUGCAAAUAUCUUUAACUGGGCUUUUGUUUACAAUUAAAAAUUAAAUAAAAAUUUAAAAAAACUCUAUUUGCAGUGAGGAGCGCAUGUGAUAAUAAGUCGAAAAAUAAAUCUACCACUAGUCUAAAACACAGCAAGAAAAAAUCACCAAGAGAACCAUCCAAAAAUAAAGAAAUGUCAAGCUAGACCGAGCAGAAGCCGAAGCGCCAUCUCUGGAAUGUAUCUGCAAAAAUAGGGGAAGAUUUUUGGAGAAAUAUUCCGCACUUUGCAGUCUUUGGCAGGAUUGGUCUGGACUUCGCCAGAUGGCAUUGCACUCACUCUCACUGUUUAUAAUUCGCGCACAUUGCAGCUGUCACCUCUAGGAUAUAUAGGACUAAAAACCAAACAAGGGAAAGAUAGUCUUUAAACCGAAAAAAAACAUAUUUUUACUGACACAAGGAUGAACUAAGCACAAGCGUUCAACAAGCUUUGCGGUGUUGCAUUCCCCCUAACCCAGCUUCAGUUUGAAUCCGUUACACGUAAUCUGUCAUUGUGAAUGAGAUUUUCGUUCCGUUACUUGAAACUAAUCGACCAAAAGAAAAGAAAAUGCUUUAAUCGAUAUACCUAGUUGCUAGAUGGAGAAUUUAACGAUAUAACCAUUACCCAAAUAUAAACAAGCUUGGAACAAUUAAAAACAGAGUAGAUUUGCUGACAGCAGGGCGAAAAUAUAUGACAUUUAAAAUGAUGGAGAAAUUGGAAAACCCAAACCCUCAAACAAUGAUUACGAAUGAAAGAACUUGUUCGCAACCUUUUGUAUCGCCAUUUAGAUGUUGACAAACCCCCUUUUUGAACCACAAAUAAUUCUCCCUUCUCAAAACAGUUCUUAUUUCCCAACUACUGAAGUAACUAGAGGAUAUAUUACGAUAGAUUUAAAAACUAUUAAAAAAAAUCAAAUAGACAUAACCUUUUAGCUGUAGAGAAGAAACGCGAAUCGUGUUUACGACGAGAGUAAUCAGAGUAGCAUCAGUUACUGACAUAAUCAGAUAACUUACAAAAUCCGAGAUCCAAAUCACGAGUUGAAAACGUUUGAAUUUUGAAAUUUGGGGAAGAAUUUCAAAGUUAACACGUUUUGCUCAAUUGCAAAUUUUCGACGGCCAUGAGAAAGUAGAGUGAUAGUGUUAGAUGGAAUAAAUCAACCAUAUAAUCAUCGAUUUUUAGAUUGACACUCUCACAAACACACCGACAUACAUGAAGAAACUCUCAGUCUCACACGCUCACGAACACACAUUCACGUUAUUGAAAACUUGAAAGUAUUGAAUAGAGUUUAGAAAAAUACCAUAGUAGGCGGUAACAUGGAAGUAGGCAAAAUAAUAAAAAAAAAUCAAAACAAAACAAAAACACACGAAAAACGAAUGUGAAUGCGAAAAGCUCUUAUUUACUAGCUACUAUAACUAGCGCUUCUACAAACAAACAAAAACGCUAGGAGAAAAAAACCGCGCUAUUGAACUAUUUUCUAUGAUUAUUACAAAACAAACGUGAAUUUAAGAAUCUUAAGACUAUUCUUGUUCUCUUAUUCUAUUUAUUAAGAUGAAAAAACGGAAAAAUGCUAAAAAAAUAAAACACUGAGACAAAACCUAGUCUCUUCUCUGGAGGUUUAUUUUCUAUAACUAACACAAUGAAACGCAGUCACGUACACGACAAAUAAUUAACAUUGACACACAAAAAAGAAAACUCUAACACUCAAAUAAAAAAGAAAAAAAAAACAUUCGAAAAAAUAACUGCAAAAAAAUCUUAAGUACUUCUUCAAUUAUAUAUUGUAGCGAAGGAACAGUAGUGGUAAAGAAUCGAACAACUCAUCAGAAAAGAGAAAGAUACCACAGAUAAACACACUCACACCUGUACACAACAACAACAACAACUACUACUACUACUCAUAGCAGUAUGAAUUAAAACCAAGAGAGGAGAAAGAAGAAAAAGUACAGAAUACAAUAUAUACCCUAGCUAAGAUGUAUCACUUUACAGAACUUAAAACUUUUAUUAAAAACAUAUUUACUUUACAUAAACUAAAACACACAAAAAAAAAACCUUA